UCACAGUCCCUUCGAUUCCUCCUUUGUAUGCACAUCAUCUCUUCUCUAAUUGUUCACGGAUCAAUGCGUGUUCCAUUGUUUCUUGAAACAAAUGAAGUCUAAAUUUUCUUUCUUUUGGAAAACUAGAAAUUGGCAAAGCCCAAAAAUGGAGGGGACUGUUUUCGCUCCUGCACUGAAAGAACUUGAGCAUGUAAAGUCUGAGCAUGGAGAAAUUUUGAGCAAGCAUUUCUUGGAAGUGUGCAAGCACAUAUUGCCAGUAAUAGAUAAGUUUGGAACUGCUUUGGCCCUUGUUAAAUCUGACAUAGGUGGCAACGUAUCGAGAUUGGAAACUAUGUAUUCCUCCAAUCCAUCCAGAUUCAACUACCUGUACAGUUUGGUACAGGUCGAGGUCGAAACUAAAACUGCUAAAUCAUCAUCUAGUUGCACCAAUGGGCUUCUUUGGCUGACAAGGGCAAUGGAUUUCUUGGUGGCUUUGUUCCGAAACUUAGUCGAGCAUGAAGAUUGGACAAUGUACCAAGCUUGUACAGAUUCCUAUAACAAGACUCUGAAGAAGUGGCAUGGCUGGCUUGCUAGCUCAAGCUUCUCUGUUGUCAUGAAGCUUGCUCCUAGUAGGAAAAAGUUCAUGGAGGUGAUAGGAGGCACCGGCGAUAUCAAUGCUGACAUUGGAAAGUUUUGUACAACCUUUUCUCCUCUACUCGAAGAAAAUCACAAGUUUCUGGCUCGUUUUGGCUUGGAUGACAUGAAAGCAUCAUGAACCACAGAUUCAUGGUCAGAAAUUCGAUUACAUGCUCUGAUCAAUUUUACUAGCACAAUAUACAAGCACUGACUUUCAUCCUUCUCUGCUAAGUACUCUAUUAAGAUCUUACACUGUAUCUUUGUGAUAUCAAAGUCGGUCCCUAUUAGUUAGUUUAUUACAAAGGUUAAUGCUAAGGUUAAUGGUUGUUUAGGAACUUGUUUUCUGAAAUACAGUAUAAAGGAAACAUUGAUAUUCAUAAUACUAUUUUAUUCGUAACAAGAAGAAUAGAUUACAGAUAAUUUGUGGUUUUUGAGAUA